AUGGAAGUAAAAGUUAUAGAGACAUUGACUAUUCUAGAAGAAAUUCUAAAAACUCUAUAUAAUCGAAACAUUCAAGCAACUCAAAAUGCUAUAGAGAUAGAUAUAGAAACUUUUAGAAGAACUUCAGAGUAUUUAUGCUUUGAGGAAACUUUAUACUUUCUAUUCCCAUACAAUUUAGGAAUGUAUAUUCCAGAUAUACUAGUGCCUGUAAAUUUGAAAUAUAGUCAAUCUAAUACAGAACUAUUAGCGAAAAAUCUUCUAAAUAAUGGAAUGGUACUGGCCUGA